GCCCGCCCGGCGGAGCGCGCCCGCGGAGCGCAUGGAGCGGCGGUGGGUGCCGCUGGCCCUGCUGGGGCUGGGGCUGUGCUGGGCGGCGGCGGCCGACCGCCACACCGUCUUCUGGAACAGCUCCAACCCCCGGUUCUUGUGGAGCGAUUAUACAGUGGAGGUGCGCCUCAACGACUACCUGGACAUCAUCUGCCCGCACUAUGAGGAGGGGAGCGUGGACCCCCGCACCAUGGAGCGCUACACCCUCUACCUGGUGGAGCUGGAGGAGUACCAGGCCUGCAAGCCCCGCUCCAAGGAGCAGAUCCGCUGGGAGUGCGACAAGCCCAGCGCCUUGCACGGCCCAGAAAAGUUCUCGGAGAAGUUCCAGCGCUUCACCCCCUUCACACUGGGCAAGGAGUUCAAGGAAGGGCACAGCUACUACUACAUCUCCAAGCCCAUUCACCACCACGGGGAAGCAUGCCUGAAGCUGAAGGUGAUGGUCGCUGGCAAAGGCACUCCGGCACCGCCUGUCCCUGCCUCUACCCAGAAGGGGAGGAUCCAGGCAGCAGAUGAUGCAGCUGCACAUGUGCUGAGGAGUGUGGGGCAGAACUCGGCAAUGCGGAGCAGCAGCCCCAUCACCUUCAUCAGCUUCCUCCUGCCACUCCUGGUGCCGCAGGGGCUGUGAGCCGCCCUGCCGUGCCUGGACAGACCAAGGCUGUCGCCGCUGGGGACAAAGCUAGGAUGCUUGGGACCCCUGUGGUCCUCACGCACACCUGGGGGGCGGUCUGCCCUGUGCACACCUGGGCGAGGAAAGGAUUUCUCAGUAUUACAGGGCUGGAGGGCCCAGAGCCAGCAGAGCAACCAAAGCCUGGAGCCGCCUCUGCUCCCCCGGCCCUCGCAGGCAGGAUGGUCUCAGCAGCUGGAAGCUGAGCGCGAGCCUGGGGCCAGAGGGUUUCUGUGUGUCCGGACUGGAGGAGAGCAGGGGGCUGGCACCCCUGCCCCAGAGGCUGAGCUUGCCCAUGGAUGGGCCUCGGUGGGCUUAGACUGUGGCAUGUCCCGCAGGCGGGGAUGCAGUGCUGGCCCCGUGGCCGGCCGGGGUGCCACUGGUGCUGGCUGCGGCAGCACCCUGGGGCUGCGGUCCUUCAGUGUCACUGGCUCUGGGAGCCUGGAUGUCUCGGGAUGCCCAGCAGCCAGCGGAGCGGGGCUGUAGGAAACAUCCCCCUCCACACUGUGCUGUGCCCCUUCCCCAUCCUUCAUCCCACUGCACGUGGGGGUGGCGAGAGCAGCCCCCACCCUGGACCCCCCAUCCCCUCUGCUGGGUGCCAGAGGGGGCACCCGCAGUGGCACCCUGCGCGGGGUGCUUUGCCUGCCCCAAUUUGUACAGCUUUCUAACACAGGAGUUUUUAUACGAUUGUCUUGAAUAAAUAACCAAGACCAUG